AUGGCAUUGGAAAAGGUUCCAUAUUCCCCCUUCUUUUACUCUGUUUAUGUCAUGUUUAUGCUGAACUUGGUGAUCGCAUCCGAUACCUUAAGUCCAGGUCAGUCCAUUAAAGAUGGAGAAUUGGUCUCUUCAGGCCAAAGCUUUGAGCUUGGGUUCUUCACUCCAGAAAACUCCAAGUACAGGUACUUGGGGAUAUGGUACAAAUUCAGUCCUGAAAAAGUCGUUUGGGUUGCCAACCGAAACAACCCGCUCACUGAUUCAAAUGGUGUUCUUACAUUUAGCGAUGAGGGGAAUCUAUUUGUUCUCAACCGAUCAAAGAGCAUCAUCUGGUCUUCAAAUUCAUUCAGGGUUUUAAGAAACCCAGUCGCACAGUUGUUGGAUUCUGGUAACCUUGUCGUUUCAGAGAAUACAACUUCACAUUCUGGUGAAUGGUCAUGGGAGAGCUUUGACUAUCCAACUGACACCCUUUUAGCUGGUAUGCGAUUGGGAUGGAGCCUCAAAAUCGGUUUCGAAAGGCAUCUGACUUCUUGGAAAAGCACGGAUGAUCCUUCCUCUGGAGACUAUACCUUUGGAAUAAAUGUUAAUGGUUUGCCCCAAAAUGAAGUGCGCAAAAGAGGCUCCACAAAAACAUUUCGAAUAGGGCCAUGGAAUGGACUCCGCUUCAUGGGAACUCCAGCGCCUGAGAGUACCCUUUUCAAUCCGAGGUUUGUUUACAAUGAAACAGAUGUAUAUUUUGAGUUUGAAUCUUCAAGGGAUGAUAUCAUCACCAUAAUCACGUUGAAUCAAUCUGGUCUUAUUCAACGUCUUCUAAGGAAGAAAGAGAGCUCCACAUGGGAUGUCAUGACCUCAAAACCCCGCGAUCCAUGUGAUAACUAUGGGCAGUGUGGUGCUAAUAGUUUCUGCAAAAAUAACAGAGACCCUAGAUGCCAGUGCUUGCAGGGAUUCGUGCCCAAAUCCCAAGAAGAGUGGCAGUUAUUUAAUUCAACCAGUGGGUGCAUUAGGAAAGCUCGGUUGAAUUGCUCUCAAGAACCGAGCUUUCUGAAAAAUUCGAUGCUGAAUCUGCCCGAUCUGAUAAACUUCUGGUUAAACAAGAACAUGAGCCUCGACGAGUGCAAGGUGGAGUGUCUAAAAAACUGUUCUUGUACGGCCUAUGCUAAUUCAGAUGUUAGAGGAGGAGGAAGUGGCUGUUUGAUGUGGUUCGGUGAUCUCUUUGAUAUAAGAGAAUUUGAACAAGACAACUAUGUACAAAAUCUCUACAUAAAAUUAUCUGCUUCUGAGCUAGAUUCCAUCAAAAGCCCCGUCAAUAAGACAAAACUGUUGACCGUCACGGUGGCUUCGGUCAUUUCUGGAUUGCUUGUAGCAGCUAUAGCAUUGAGUAUUGUGUGGAAGAGCAGAACGAAAAGAAGAGGCUUACAGAGUCAGAAGGAAGACAUUGAUUUACCAUUAUAUGAUUUUUCGACCAUUGCCGUUGCUACAAGACAUUUCUCACAGACCAACAUGAUUGGAGCGGGUGGCUUUGGUUCAGUCUACAAGGGAAAUCUCUCCAUGGGUCAAGAAAUAGCGGUGAAGAGGCUGUCGAAAGGUUCGAGACAAGGCCUUGAAGAAUUUAUGAAUGAAGUACUCCUAAUUGCCAAACUUCAGCAUAAGAAUCUUGUCGGACUUCUUGGUUGUUGCAUUGAGGGAGAAGAAAGAAUGUUAAUAUAUGAGUAUAUGCCAAAUAAAAGCUUGGAUUAUUUCAUAUUCGAUGAUGACAGAAGCUUCUUGUUAGCAUGGAAAAGUCGCUUCGACAUAGUUUUAGGAAUUGCGAGAGGACUUCUUUAUCUUCAUCAAGAUUCAAAACUGCAAGUCAUUCACAGAGAUCUCAAAACAAGUAAUAUUUUGUUGGAUGCAGACCUCAAUCCUAAAAUCUCAGACUUUGGCCUUGCAAGAAUCUUUGGAGGCAAUGAAAGAGAAGCAAGAACGAGAAGAAUCAUUGGUACCUACGGCUACAUGUCUCCCGAAUAUGCUUUUGAUGGAAAAUUCUCUGUGAAAUCCGAUGUUUUUAGCCUUGGUGUAGUUUUGCUAGAGGUAGUAAGUGGCAAAAGGAACAGAGGGUUCUGCCAUCCUGAUCAUGAACACAACCUUCUUGCGCAUGUAAGUAUGGUAUGGUUGUCCAAACUCAUGUUUUUUAGUGAUGCUUAACUACAUAAAUGGAUUUGUGCCAGGCAUGGUUGCUGUGGAGCGCAGGCAGGUCCUUAGAGCUUCUACAUGAAUCUCU